AGUAACUGCUUAUUUCUGAUUUUAGUGUAAUAUAUUUUUUAUGCAUAUCUUGUUGGUGAAAUAGUGAUACAAUUUGCUUUGAGGAUUUAUAUAUCUUAUUAUUGCAGGUGAAAGGAAAUGGCAAAAACUAAGAAAAAAGAUAAUAAAAAGACAGAUAAACUGAAAGUGGAACUAUCUGAAGAGUGCAAUUCUAAAGUGUCACCUGCACUUGUGGUCUCUGUAGAGGAACAACUGAUCACCUGCAGAAAACCUACCUCUUGUGAAGCAGCUGUGAAAAAGCAGGGGCUGACACCCAAAGUCCCAACUCCAGAGGUGUACCAGGAACCUUUUUUUGCACAACUAUUUGUAGUAAAAUAUGAAGGAGAAAUGGUGGAUGGAUUAUAUGAUGGGGAAGGAGUUGCAUAUUUCAAGGAUGGCAAUGUUUACAGAGGUAUUUUCUCUGAAGGCAGAAUGCACGGCAACGGGAAAUACUCAUGGACGGAUGACGUCACUUACGAAGGAGAUUUUAUCAUGAACAGCAUAACAGGACAUGGACUAUAUACAUGGCCGAACGGCAGUCAGUAUGAAGGAGAGGUGUAUAAUGGGUUAAGGCACGGAACUGGCCAAUAUACCUCAGAAGGUCAAGAGGUUUUAUUUGUGGGGGAGUGGCUUAAUGGUAAAAGGCACGGGAAGGGUACUAUCUACUAUAACAAGGAAAGAACAUCCUGGUAUGAAGGAGAGUGGAACGGCGGUCAGAAGGAAGGCUGGGGGAUACAGCGCUUUGCGUCAGGUAACAUCUAUGAAGGGCAGUGGAAGGAGAACAAAUUUCACGGCGUUGGAAGAAUGAGGUGGAUAUCAGCUGAUGAAGAAUAUACUGGAGAGUGGGAGAAUGGGAUACAGAACGGUUAUGGCUCCCACACCUGGUUUACCAAAAGAGAACCAAAGACCCAGUUUUCUAUGAGAAAUGAAUAUGUUGGCAGUUUUGUCAGCGGCGCACGCCAUGGAUACGGACAAUUUAACUACGCAGAUGGAUCAAUGUAUGUAGGAGAGUGGAAAAACAAUACAAAGCAUGGAAUGGCUAAGUUUAUUUCUAAGAGCGGCCAAGUGUAUAUUGGUGAGUUUCAUAAUGAUCAGAUGGUGGAGUUUCCCAAUAACCCGGCCUUGCUCGGUAGCCGGAGAAAUAGUGUGAAUGGAGCAGACAAUUCCUAUGUGGGAGCACUGAGCUUGAUUGAUACGUAUAUAGAAGUGGACAUAUCUCCUCUGCUGCUCAUGUUUCCACAGAGCAAAUGGAUAGAAGAGAUGAAGCAGGUUGAAUAUGUGAUCUUACGGAAUCUCAUGGAUCUUCGGAAUAUAUAUUCAUUCUACAGCAGCCUGGCAAAAGAGAAUAUUGACAAUACCUUUCUGAUGACUAAGCUACAGUUCUGGAGGUUUCUAAAAGAUUGUGAGAUGCAUCAUUAUAAUAUAACUCUUUCUGAAAUUGAUCGCAUCCUGACUGCAGGUGACGUAGGAACUCAGGAGGUUCACUGUCCAUUUGAAACUAUUCUGCUUAGAACAUUUAUAUCGAAAUUAAUCUGUUUGUCUUAUCAUAUCUGUCAAAUAAAAUCACAAGAGGACAACCUAUCUCCUGCUGAUUGCUUUUCCAAAAUUUUGAAUGAGAAUAUAUUGCCUAACGCAAAAAAGGUCAAAGGAUUUUUGUUCUCCGACCUCCACAAGGCUGCGCACGCCAUGUGUUACAUCGAUAAGUGCUGGGAGAUCUACAGAACGCACAGACGCCAAAGCACAUCCACUGAUUGUGAGACUGUCAUGCAAAUGAGGCACUUUAUCUGGCUUUUAAAUGAUUUAAACAUCACAAACAAGACGUUAACUGUAAAAAACAUUGUGGAUAUCUUAGCUGCUGAUGACACAUCUGUACGUGACGGCAAUGAAAUGAACUUGGAACUAGAGAUGACAUUUCUAGAGUUCUUCGAGGCGCUACUGGGCUGUGCAGCUAUUUGCGUUACAGAUGAGACAAUAAAUGAAUUUUCUAGAAAUGAAUUAUUUCCGGAAGAGCAGACUCAUGAGGAUGUAGCUAGUAAGGUCUCUACAGAUGUACUUGAAAGAGUCUCACACUGCUUAGACCAGUUUAGGUCUAAAAAUCUACCAAGAGGCCAAUUUAUGAAAAAUGCCUGGAAGUUCACUGGAAAAGGGCAGAACCAACCAGUUACAUUUUAUUGCAACAAAAAGACAGAUCUGGACAUCAAUGCAGAUAAAUGGUUUAUUCAAAUCAAUAUAUUUUUUGGCAAAAUGUUUUUUCCUGCUCACGAACACGCUGAAAAAAUAAAAGAGGAAAUACCAAAAUACAGACUGCGGCAAGCGGAAAAGGCCAGAUUAAUACGUAUCAGAGAAGAGGAGGAAGCAAGGCUGAGAUCACUUAGAGCAGAAGAAGAAGCCAGGAGACUUGCGGAGAAGGAAGCAGAACACGCCCUCGCUCUGGCAGAGGCAAUGAAAGCGGCUGAAGUGUUGGCCGAAGAAGACCAAACUGUCCAGCUCCAAAUUAUUCCAAAGGAGGAACCUCCGGUCACCCCACCACAAUCAGGCACAAAGUCAACUCCAGGAGCAGCCAGAAAGAAAAAAAAGGCUGCGUAAUAGAUCUGCUUGCAAUGAGUAUUAAAGGGAUAUUAAAGGGACAUAACACAGGUUGAGAUCUGUGCAUAUCCUAAAAGGGCUAAUUAAUUAAUAAAACAUUUUUAAAAAAAAUGUCUGGAAAGUAUUUUAAAAUAAUUUUCAAAAAUGAGCAAAAUGAAUUACAUAGCUAAGCUGCCUGGAACAGCCAACUCCCCUUAUCAGUGUUUAGUCACAAGCAUUGUAUUUAAACUGAGUUAACAGCUUCUAGGCAUGCUCCAGCAGAUAAUCCCUAUUCACUUUUGCAUUCUACUAAAAGAACAAUAAACACAGAUACAGCCAUAGAAGGAAAUGUGUGUGUGGGGGGGAGUUCAGAAACUUAAAAGAAAGGGUUAAUGGCGAGGUACUGCAGUAUAAAUUUGCAGGAAAAGUAAUUAAAGUACAUAUUAUAUUUUGUCUCUAUCCCAACUUGUUUUAUGUCCCUUUAAGCUAAAAAUGACAUCUGACAAACUGUUGGUAGUAAAAAUAAACCUUACAGUGUACAAUUAGUAUUUA